AUGGUCACAGUUUGAGUCCAAAAACUAUCGAGAACAUUUUUGAAAAACUUAUCGAUGGAAGAAGGAAACUGACCGAAAACUUGAAGCCUGGAGAAUUGGAAGAAGAGCACAAAAGUGAGGUGCAAGAGACAUUGCUUUUUCAUGCUCUAUAUCUCUUGGUGAUGUACACCAAAGUGCAAGUUUCCUUGGAAAUGAAAAAUGACAACUUGAUUGAUCUUCUUCAAAGAUUUCUGAGUUUAGAACCUCGCACCCGUGAUGGAAAUACACUUUUGCACUUGGCUGUAUGGCAUAAGACUCCUGUUCGUAAGGACGCUUAUUUGCGAGGUGUGUGUAAGCUUCCCUGUGUUAAGGCCAUGAAGCUAAUUUUAUAUGCGGGGUGUGAUGUGAAUUCCGUUAAUACCCAAGAGAGCACUCCUCUCCAUUUAGCCGUUACUUUUGUACCAGGACCUGAACAAGUAGACAUUUUGAAAGAAAUGCUGGAGUUGUUGUUAGAUCUUGGCGCAGAUACAAAGCUUGUUAACAAGAAUGGUCAAACAGUUAUGGACUGCUGCGAGACUGACGAAGCCCGAGGCAUCCUGUCUGCAAAAGGAGGACUAGGUGCCAUGAACAUCGAGGCCAGAAAGGCAAGAAAGAAUGAAGUAACUGGAAGUGGAGUCGGUGAAGGAAGAGGAGAAAGAUUUGUUCUUGGAACCGAAAAAGACCUAAAUGAGAAUGUUAAAAGGGAAACGAAAAGGAGAUCAGGACUAUUUAGGGAGUUGACACAACAGUUGGAACACGUUCAACCAAGAAACAGAGAUGGAGAACUGAGGGAGAUGACACAGCAGUUGAAAAAUGUUCGUAGGCAACUACAAGAGAGAGAUGGACAACUAUCAGAAAAAGAUCGCCAACUAAGAGAGAGAGAUGAAGAACUGAGGGAGAAGACACAGCAAUUGACAAAAACCCAGGGGCAACUACAAGAGAAAGAUAAACAACUGAGAGAGAAGACACAGCAGUUGAUAGACGUCCGGAGUCAACUACAAGAGAGAGAUGGACAACUGAUGGAGAGGACACAGCAGUUAACAAAUACUCAAGGGCAACUACGAGAGAAAGAUGGAGAACUGAGGGAGAAGACACAGCAGUUGACAAACGUCCGGAGAGAUGGACAACUGAGGGAAAUGAGGAUUCAGUUGACUGAUCUCCAGAGGCAAGUGCAAGAAAGAGAUGGACAACUGAGGCGGAUGACACAACAGUUGACAAAUACUCAAGGGCAACUACAAGAGAGAGAUGGAGAACUGAAGGAGAAGACACAGCAGUUGAAAAAUGCGGGAGAACAACUACAAGGGAAGGAUGAGGAGGUUUCUUCCUUAGAGAGCCGGCUGGAGGAAAAAGAACAGCAGGUAGACGAACUAGAAGAGUCUUUCUCAGCAACUCGACAGGCGUUAAAUAGACUUUCACGCCAACAAUCACCUGACUGGGUCAUUCCGCGUGAUGAGAUUCAACUGACAGAGGAGUGCCUUGGUACGGGUGGUUGGGGAAUUGUAGUUAAAGGCAGAUACUGCGGGUGCACUGUUGCCGUGAAACAAAUCUAUGACAGUCUUUUGAAAUCUUCCUCAUAUUAUCGGGAGUCGUUCGAGAGAGAAAUGAAUAUUGCCUCCAGAUGUCGCCACCCUUGUUUGCUUCAGUUUAUUGGAGCAACAAACGAUGAACGAAGUCCUUUGUUUGUCACAGAGCUCAUGGAAACAAGUUUGCGAGCACUGCUAGAGCUGCGAUCUCUUUCUCCCACUGAAGUGUCUGUCAUCUCUUUAGACGUGGCUCGAGCAUUAAACUAUCUUCACCUGAAGAAACCAUCCCCCAUCAUUCACCGCGACAUCAGCAGUGCCAAUGUGUUGCUGUGGCGAGAAGCUGACCAAUGGCGAGGCAAAGUGUCGGAUUAUGGCACGGCUAAUUUCAAGCGAGACAUUAUGACGGCUUGUCCUGGUUCUAGGAUAUACAGUGCUCCUGAGGCACUUACAGAGAGUCAAACUGCGAAGCUUGAUGUGUACAGUUUCGGAGUUCUCCUCUGUGAGAUUUGCACCCGGAAACUACCGGAUCCUGACAGGCGUGACGAGCAAGUUGCCAUGGUGAAAAAUCGAAUACUACGAGCUCUCAUCCGGAGAUGUCUGAAACGAGCUCCUGAAGCGAGACCCAGCAUGGAAGACAUCAUCGGUGAACUGGAACAAUCACUUUUUUUUCAAUAUAGGUCUGCAACAAAGUGCCUCAGCAAUGAGACUUUGAUAUGAUCGACUAGCAGUUUUUUUUGUAAAGUGUAUACUACGUAUAAACUUUAGACUAGGUAGAAAAUGCAGCCUGUAGAUCACACACUGGGUAUGAAUUGUAGUCUGGUGAAGGAAAAUGUAUAAUCGCACAAUGAUAUGAUAGAUGAGGAAUGAUAAGUAACAUCCUGCUGAUUAGCCAUCAGACUUAAUUGAGAUUAUAUAGCUGAUGUUUCUGUGUUUUGACUGGGAUUGAUUCUUUCCGUUUCGAACGUCGUUAGAAGUUAUAAAAAGACCUAAGACUAUUGUGUGAUUUACAGAUAAAGAUUAAGAUCAUAUGUUACGCUAUCAUGUACAUAUGAAUCCGACAUAGAUAAAUUGUCUAAAAAUAGCAAAG